CCGGAUAUAUUAUAAGUAUCCUCUUAACUGUUGCCAUAUCUUCAUUGCUGUUCGAGCGAAGCAGACUCACAGAAUAUUUCUGAGACAGAAAGACUUCAAGCCAGUAUCAAAACCCAAUAACCAACCCUGCUUUCAUGUAAAAAUUAGUGAAUUUUGAAGAGAUAAAUUGUAUUCGAAAGGAAGAAAAAAAAAUCCACAGAAAAGAAUAUAUUUAACAGAAAAAGAUAAUAAUUCUAUAUUCAUAAAAUGGAGAAGAUUAAUGAAGAAAACAAAAUGUUGGCUCUCGUUCCUGCCACAGUCUGUGAUACAACACCAAUUUAUAAGGAAACUACACCAAUUCUUCCCCAAAUAUUACAUACACAAAACACAAAGAAAACAGAAGAACAGGAAAGAAAAGACACAAAGAAAUCUGAGGAACAGGAAAAGUCCAUGUUACCAAGUUUCCUUCAUAUUGUGACAUGUUACCGAACACUAAUCAAAACAGACCACAUCAAUACAUUUAUAGAUUAUGUAAAGGAUAAAUGUAAUCACAUGGACUCUCUGGGUUUAAAUGGAUCUCGAAUUUUAAAUAAUGUCAAACGUAAAAUGCCAAGAUUUCUGGAAUCUGCAAAACCAAAUAAUGAUUUUGUUCACCAAAACCUUGAUUGGUUUCAACAAAGACUCUUUGACAUUUAUGUCACUUGUAACCCAUACAACCACAAGACCAUUGAACCACCAAAAGUAACCACAAAAUUUCGGCCUCUUCGACCAGUUGUGACCAGAGAAGCAAAGAUCAAGGAAUCUGGUGAAGACUUAAGCAACCCAAUAUCCAAUAUUGUUGUCAUACAAGGGGGUAUUGUAACAUAUUCCCGCCACUGUAUGACAAUAUGUUGUGUAACAAGAGACGGCAACAGAAAUGAAGUUCAUUGCUCAUCUUCUGUUACUGAUUUUACCAGAAUCAGUGAAGAUACAGUCCUGGCCACCCUCCCCUUCAAAAAAAUGAUUCUUAUUAUCAACCCAUUAAGUUUUAAAAUCAAAAGAAUUCAGCUAGGAUUAAUCUUAGUUUCUUAUUUGGAACAUUCUACGCUUAUAGGUGUAGAAAUGUUUGGUCGGACCAUAUACAUCAUUGACUGGGAAGAGAAUAGAAUAAAAUACAAAUUCAUAACCAAAGAAACACCAACAGAUAUUGCUGUAGGAGCACAAAAUAAACUCUUAGUAUCCUUUCCCAGUAUUAACAGGGUUACCUGUUACAAUGUAGAUGGCCAGCAGUUAUUUGAGGUGGAUACCAAUUCCCUGGACAUUCCAAGCCACAUCACUGUGUACCAAAACCAUUUUUAUGUCCUCCAGGGACCUAUUAUUUAUCGGAUUUCAGGUACGGGUGCUGUGACAACAAGAGAAAUUGGCAUGAAAUGCCGCCAUAUUUCUGUUGGCAAAAAAAACAUUUUUGUAACCGAUUAUUUUGAUGUCCUUCAUAUCAUUGGAACAAAUGAAGACUUUUGGCCCAGGCAGUCAUAUAACCCCCAGCUAUGGACCCCAACAUUGAACAACUAUAUUUAUAUUGAGGAUUGCUACAACAUGACUAAUAUUCUACCUAUGUCUACAUCUUCUAUAUUAAUAUUCUACAGGAAUAAUAAAGCUAUAUUAUUCACUGAGACUGGAGAAAUAAUUAACCAAAAUAAUUCAACUUUCCUUGAGAUUCCUUCUUGCUUUUGUAGAAUGAAUUCUAAAGGAUUUCUGGUGUUUUACCGUGAAAACAAAGAAUUUCAGUGUAUCACAUACCCUGGGCUAAUGAAAGGCCCUUUAAUGAAAGUCCAUACUGAUUACAUUAAACUAUGUCAUGUUGUAUCAAAUAAGUGUUUAACUCUAACCACAAAUGGAAACAAACACGAGGUCCAUAUCCUCUUGAUGAAGGAUGAUAAAGUUGACAUUAUAGAAAGAAUUUCUCUGGGACAUUAUAAUGUCAGCAUUGCUGCAACUCCAAUUAAUUUUGUAGUCGUAGAUGGAAGCGAAAAUAAAAUGGUAUUUUAUUCCACAUGUGGUGAAGAACUUUUUCAAAAACACCUUCCAUUAUAUGGCUACCCUCAUCACAUCUACUCUGAUAAUGUUUAUUUCUAUGUCCUCUUCAGGAGACAAUCUAUUCUCAGAUGUUACAAUCUAUAUGGAGAAAUGAAAUGGCAGUGGGAACUGCCUUUCCCUGUUCACCCUCACAUUGCUGUUUUCCAAGGAACACUUUAUGUCCCGGACACUCAACUCAACAGGGUUCUUCUUUACAAGAAUCAUGACCAGUCGUCUGGCUGUUGUUUACACAUGAAAAAUCCUUAUAUCAGAAAUCUAAAUCUACGACUCAAAGAAAAGGAAAAUGACCAAAAACUUGUCAUUGGCGAAAUAUGUAAUCUGUCCAAUGGACAGCUAGUGGUGUCCGACAUCAACCAUGAUUGCUUGUUAUACAUUUCUCAGGAAGGAGACAUUGUGUCCAGAUUAUCUCUGCCAUCUACAGCCACAGAUAUAUGUCGAUGGGAUUCUAAUCAUAUAGGUGUCACAUUACCCCUACAGAAACAAUUAAGAGUCAUCGGAAACCUGUCAAAGACAGUGAGAAGUGUGUCAUUAAGGCAGCCUUAUGUCCAGGUGUGUAAGAUGGGUGAAGGUGAAAUUGUUUGUUAUUGUGAUAAACCAUCACAUUUAAACAUUUUAGCCAUCAUUUAUUAUAAUCAAGUUGAAGUAAUUAAGACAAUUAAUAUCCCUGUUUUUGUGAAAUCAUUAUCAAUAGACAAGAAAACAGAAAAGCUAUUAAUUGUUACUAAGGAAAAAGUUUUUCAGUACAACACUACAAUAGGUGGUGGUGGUCAUGGCGGUCGUCAAAUGGUCCCCAGUGUUUUAAUGUCCCAAGUGAAACGUCCCCUCAGUCUCCAAGGUGGAUCUAUUGACCAAACGUUUGUCUAUCUGAUAGACGGAAGCCGUAUGUUUGCUAUAACUGAUCAUAAUUUGGUGGUUAAUGAUCUCGUUACUAAUAAUCAACUUAAUUAUUACAUCGACCUGGUGGAUGUAUUUUCCAGAAACAUUUCUGUCAGUGAAAUGUUGUCUUCCACUUUAUAUCUACAGGACCUGACAGUUUCUGAUAAAGCCAGACAUAUUCCUGUCCCUAAACAUUUGGGAGACAAAGGACCAGCGAGGAUUAAUCAUUUGGUUCUUACUGAAAAUAAUCUGAUUGCAGGAUGUGACGAGAAGAAUAAAAACAUUAAGAUAUUCACAUUGGAUGGUCAGCUUUUGGAUUCGAUCAAAGCGAAUGUUAAUCCUUAUAUUAAAAUGUGUCGAUGGCAGUCAAACACACUGGUCAUUAUGAAUAGGAAUUUUUAUAAUAAACUCCAACUGUUGACAUUAAAAGUGGAGUUUCCAUUGUCGUUGGUAAUUUACCAAACGAGAAAUUAUUAUGGUUGUGUGGCUUCUUUAUCAAACAAUCAACUGGUUUUUAGUGAUUGGAGAGAUGGAGUUCAUUUGUAUUUUGUUGAUAUUGAUGAAAUACAUUCGAGUGUGGAGGAAAUAAAACAAAUAUACAUACCUGAACCAUUAAGAAUGAGAAAAGAAGAUGGAAAUUAUUCUGAUAGAAUCCUGGAUAUUAAAGUUACAGAUGAAAAUGUCAUCAUUGUCUUCAACUGGAGAUUCAUCAUUUUCUUCAACAGUGGUGGUCAAUAUUUACAUUCAGUCAGACACUAUAUGCUGUAUGAUUAUUUUUUUAGGGGUGUUGAUGACAGGAUGACAAUUGAUGACAGUUUUUUGUACAUUUUUUGUCAUUGGGAGAAAUAUUUUGGUUUAUCUGGAUAUCGAAACAUUUUUUGUUUGACCCAGAAUGGGGAAUACAAGAGAAUAUUUUUAAAUAAAAGAAUUUAUAAAGAUGACGUAGAUUUCUCCAGUAUAGACUGUAAAGGACCAAGAACUGAGAAAUACUACAACAGGAUUUAUAAAUACAACUACAAUCAACUCGUGUGUGGUGGUCAUGAUAUUAGAGACAUAACUCAAGAAGAGAGACACAAGAAAUACCAAAGAAUAUGGAGAAACAACAAGUAUUACUAUUUUUGCAAAGACCUUGACAUCUUAGACCCUUAUUAUGUGGAUGUGGUUGAUAUCAAAGAUGGGAAAUGUAAAGAUGAAGUGUAUCGUGGGGAGAUGAGGAGAUGGGGAAGGUUUGAGGGAGAUGAUGGUGUGGAUGGUGUGGGAGUCACAUCUUUUGGUGAUGUUGUUGUUUUGGGGAGGGAGAUGAAGAAGGAGGAUUUUGGACAAUGCGAAGCUUUGUGUUUUGUGGAAUGGUUCAGGGAAAAGUCUUUGGUGAGGAGGAUAAGAAUAGGAGGAAUGUUUUAUGGUCUGGAAUAUUAUAUUCCAAGACCUCGUCUGACCAUAAUUGGCUAG